AUGUCUCUGCGCAACUUCUCCGUCAUCCGCCUCGUUGCGCUGGUCGCAAUCGUAUCGCAUCUACUCAUCACCCUCGUGGACGCCCACGGCUACGUAACCGCGCCCGCCUCGCGCGCUUACUUUUGCAAGACCGGACAGGCCAAAGACUGCGGCGAGAUCCAGUACGAGCCCCAGUCCGUCGAGGCUCCAAAGGGCCUCCCCUUCGCCCGCAGCGGCGGUGCCAAUCUCUGCUCAGCCGGUCUGAGCCAGUUUGCCCAACUCGAUCGCCAGGGUGCCAAGGUCUGGCCCACCACAAAGGCCGCCGACGUCCACUCUUUUUCAUGGACUUUCACCGCACAGCACGCCACCACCAACUUUCGCUACUUUAUCACGCGCCCGGACUGGGACGCUUCCUCCACCAGGGGUCUGACCGCCAACGACCUCGAGUCCGACCCGUUCCUCACCGUCGCCAUGAACGGCAAGGCUCCCCCCGCCACCAUGAAGCACGACCUCUCCAAAAGCAUGCCCACACGCACCGGCCAUCACAUUGUGUACGCCGUAUGGACCGUCGACAACACCGCCAACGCAUUCUACCAGUGCAUCGACCUCGACUUUGGCGGGUCCAACUCCAACUCCAACUUUCCCGACGUCGCCUCUCCCUCGACUACCAAGCCCGCCGCCGCUGCCGCAGCCUCUUCUUCUUCUGCUAGCUCUUCUUCCACGAGCAGCGCAUCCGACUCCAACUCGGCGGCAACCAACUCCAACUCCACCGCGGCUGCAUCCAGCGCAUCCACUCCCAAGCCUGCCUCGGCCUCCAACACGGACCACCGCAGCCACGCGGCCAAGUCCAAGUCGUGCCGCCUCAAGAAACGCCGCCAACCCAACUCGUCCGCGCUCGCUGCACGCGCCGACUUGCGUCGCCCGCCGAUGCGCAUGCUCAAAAAGCGAUCCUCCUGA